AAUACAAUUAUUUGGUCGAUGGACAACCCUGGGUGGUCCCUGUCGAUAGAAAUUAUAACAUUAUCAAGCUAUACCUAUACAUGGUGCAUACAGGGUAUAUGAGUAUUGCGUUAGACUGAUUGCAUUAAAUUAACAAUUAUAAUCAACUAGUUUUUAACCGGGAAUUCAUUUGGAUGACCGGGAUUAUAAUAGCUUACGACCUUCUCCAUUCCAAAUAUGGUUGAUUAAGCAGGUCAUAAUCUUCUAAGAUGUUAAGCCAAGCCCGAUGGUUGAUGAUAGUGGUGGCCGCCGCUCUGGCGCUGCAGACCCAAGGCGAAGGUGGGAUCAGAUUACCUGAUCAGCCUCCAAAGGAAGAAGCAGAAGGAAGAUCUUUGAACUUUGGAGGAGAUCAUAGCAGAUCGCCUCAAGCUCAGGGACGAGGUCUACUAGACUGGCUAGGUCUCGGCGAGGACCAAGAUCCGUACAUUCAACAAGCUACCCAGCAAUGCAUCAAUGGUGACCUGGCCGAUUGCUUCAAAGCACAAGCACUAAGGUCUUUUGAUGACUUCUUCGAUAAACAAGCAUACAAACUCUCGGAAAAUGCUGUACUAGUCAAAGUGGAGUCACAAGCCAGGGCGUUAUCUCAUGAACCACCAGAGCUCUCAUCGCAGCCCCGCAGCGAAGAUUCAGAUUGGGACGCUCUUGUGAAAUAUGGAAUGAGGAAAAUUGAAAGAUUCCUGAGAUCAACCGCACUGGAGAUGCAAUUGGAUGACGAGGUGACGUCACGAGGCAUCAUCGCGCCCCGUUUUAUAGACGAAAUCGCCGACGAAGUAGAUAUAAUUGAAGAUAAAAAAGCACCUCCUUUCCGCCGUCACAAACUGAAGAAGCUGAUCAUCCCCAUGCUACUGAUACUGAAGCUGUUCAAGCUGAAGCUCCUCCUGUUUUUGCCCCUCAUCCUCGGCCUGGCCAGCUUCAAGAAGUUCUUGGGAUUCAUGGCCCUUAUUAUUCCAGGGGUUAUCGGAUACUUCAAGUUCUGCAAACCAAACUUGACCUCACCCUUCUCUUCGAGUCACUACAACGGCCCCCAGUACUCCCCCGCUGGCAUCGGCCUCGGUCCCUACAGGGAGGUUCAUGCGCCAUCCCACUAUGGGCAUUAUGAUAACUAUCAGCAAGGACACAAGUACGGCUCUGGCGGUCACGGUUCCGGAGGAAUAUCCUUCAGGGAACAUGACGUAAACCCUCAAGAUUUAGCGUACCAAGGUUGGGAGUAUAGGAACAAAAAGAAUGAAGACAUCAAAGCAGAGGAAGCUUAAGACUGAACUAUUGGAUAUUUAUUUUUAGAAUUUGUGACUGACGAAUUAUUCGGUGAGCAGCAAUAAUUUUAACGAAUUUUCUAACAACUUGCAAUGUUUGUUAGUUUAUUUAGAUUCAAUUAAGGGUUCAACCUCUUUACUGAUUUUUAUGAAAUUCUGUAUACGCUUUUAGUUCUUAAUAUACAAUCUGCAAUACUCAAUAUUGUAAAAUUAAUUGUUAUUAAUUAAUUUAUGUAUUUAACAUAAAACACAUAAAACGCUCAGAAAACAAUUGUAACUAGUUGCAGGAUGCGGAAAACAGUUACAUUUAAAAUACCUGAAAUGACUAUGACUUGAGAGACAGAGAUGGUUACUUUCUUAGCUCCAAUUAAAAAAAAAGUUAAGAAUACUAUAAUACAAGUGUACAAAUAUAUAUUUUAAUUAUACUACAUUACACUUUAUUUUUAAAUAACUUAUAUAUGUAUGAUAUGUGCCCCAUCAUUAACAGCCAAACCCACUCAAUGUAGGAUCUUGAAAUAAGAUGGUUAGUAUAUGUAAUUUGCGCAAAUGUGUAUGCAAAUGUUAUAAUGGUAAUAAAUUAACGCUUAUAUCCCUUUUUCUUUUAAUAAUAAUUUGUAAACUUGUCGAGUUUCGCAAAAUAGCAAUAAAUUAUUUAGAAAAUGUCCAGUAAUUAAAUCACAUUAUGUUCUAUGUAUUGUGAUUCCUAAACGAACGAAUUUGAAAACUGUCAAGUUUCCUUAGAUAGUAAAUAUAAUAAAUAUAUAAAAAUAUUUUUGAUUGACAGUUGUCCACCAUAUUUUAUUAUGUAUGGAUUUGUUAGGGUGCGAUCUGGAAGGAUUUACUAUUCGACCUGUCAAUAUUGGUAGAAAAAUAUUGUCGUAGGAUUUAUAUACUUUAUGGAAACCAAUGUUAUAAAUAAAAUUUCUCAAUUCGGGUUGCUUCUUCUGAAAGUAUUUUUAGCGUGGAUCUAAAUGUUUUUAUCUCACAAUAGAAAUAUUUACCUUAGUUAAGUUUUAUUUUGCUUAUUGUUAUGAAAGCAUUUUCUACUAUUUUUAGUAGUUUCUAAGAUUUUAUUUUAUAUUAAAGUUUUUAAGUUAGUUUUAAAGUAUAUAUAAUAAUUACUCAUACUUUUAAAGUGCCAAUCGUUACUACAGUUGAUGGACAAAAGCUAUACAAGUGUUUCCUGAGAAUGCAUGUAUAAUAAAUAGAAAUAAGAAAUAAAAUACACCAUUGAGAAAUAAAAAUAAUGCUGAUUUUCAGUCACAUGGCGGAGUCAAGGCCAAUUUAUGUACCAAUAAUAUUAUUAAUGUCUCUGACAAUCUUAUAUGUUAUAGCCGUAAGGAUUUUUUUUCACAUGAAUUAAUUUUAAACUCUAUUUUUGAUUGCUAUAGUAACAAUUACCUUAGUUCUAGGACCAGAAAAAUAUGUACUUUAUGUGCUAUAUUAUUUUGAUAGUCUAGUACUCUAGUGUGAUUCGAGAUUAUGAAUGUUAAAUAAAAAUAUAUUUGAUACAAGUCACUAAUUUAUAUAUUUUGAAAUGUAAACGAGUAAUUACUAUGUAAUUUUUCUUAGUAUUUGUAGUUAUCUAAUUAAAAUUAAUUUAUUUCUAAGUUAAAUAUUUAAUUACAUUUUUAUAUCAUGGCAAUAUUUGCUUUGUUUCGAUUAAUUUUAUUGGAUAAUAUAAUUGUAACUGUUACUAAGUAAUACAAUUAUUUUAAAAAUUUGUUAUAUAAAUAUAAAUCAUAUUAGAAGUACGUAUCAACAAUAUCAUCAUCAUUGUCAUCACUAUGAUAGCUACUUCUAAUAUAAUUACGGCACUUAUUCGAUGUUCCAUUGCUAAGAAGAAAGUUGGCUAAGCAAGCUCCCCUACCUCUUGCAUUGACACUACUCAAUGAUAUUUUGAGCCAGUAUCCACAAUUGGAUGUAUUUGACUCCAACUUGCUGGAAUUUCAUCGAGUGACCACAGAGUAUUUAUGUUCAGACUUUUUUUGUUUGAGUUAAAUCUUUUUAUAUUAUUCUUGUUAUUUAUGUGUAAUAUUCCUUUUUUAUAUGUUGUUGUACUCAUGCUUUCCUGGGUGAGCGUAUUGAAAGACUGUAAGACUCACUCGGUAGAUGUAAUAAAUAAAUAAAUAAUAAAAUAUGUGAAUUAUAUUAAAUUUAAAUAUAAUAUGUAAUAAUAAUUCUUUAACACCACGUAUAGUGGAAAAUAUAAUCAAUAUGUUGUAAAUAAAUAUGUUACUAUUCUCAA